ACCUGGCGUGUCCCUGGGCCCUAGGACCAGCCCCAAUUCGAAAUGGCGGGUGAUCGGCCGAGCACCGAUCUGGUCGGCGUGGAAGUCGGAGCGGUGCUUUUGUUUGGCGCCGUGAGUCUAGUUCCGAUGGGAGUCCAGUGAUGUGAUUUGAUUUGGUUGCAGUUUCUUCUAAUCCCCGCCUUUCCCCCUCCCCCUCCAUCCUUCAGUUUUGCGCCCCAUCCCCAGGAUCACCCUUGAUGCAUGAGAGAAUUUUCCAUGCAUUGGCCGGUUUCUACGAGGGUGGGCGGUGUCGCGUUGGGGACAGACGGGGAAGGGAAGGGGAGUCCGCGUGGGAUUGACAAACAUGUGCUUGCCCUCCUGUGUCUCCCAUCUUCCGGCCUUUCCCUUCUCCCUGUUUCUUUGAACCCGACAAGAAAGAAAAACAAAAAAAGAAAACGAUUUGACCCGAACCGGAAAUCCGACAACAGUGUCAUUAUUAUGCGCCAUCAUCGUCGAACCGCAGCAGCAGAAGCCCGUCGAGGCCACGAACUCCACCCGGAACCAGCCAAUGACACCGCCCGCCAAGUCACCGUGGAACGAAGGCUAGAAGGACAGACCCGGUCGGGCCACCGGGGGGGCCAUACGUACAGGAAUCUUGUCCGGACUAAUCCGCCUGGGAUUCUGGGACUCUCGGCUUUGGGUGAGGUUUACGCCGUAGGGGUUGGCGUUCCCGUCCUUCGUACGAUAGUCCUGAUACGGCUUUCUUGUCUCGUAGGUAGGGUCUUGGGUAGAAUCCACCGGACCCUCUUCCCUUUUUUUUUCCUCCCCUGAUUUUCAUUUCCCUACCGUCUAAGGUUCCAUCGAAUCCUAUCGAAUGUUUUUUUUUUUUUUUUUUCUGUCUCUUGGCCUCGUCCAACCACCCCGGAAUUGCCCCUGCUGCAGCCAUCGCAACAAGUUCCCACUCGCGUUUGUCUUGCGUCAUUCCGGGCUUAUCACCA